CUCUCCUAGUCCUAGAGUCCUGGUCCAUCUUUCUUGGCUUCUUGAUAUGGCAGACCGACCACCCGCCGCGCGCGCAGCCUUACCCGGUCCGCCCCGGCCGCUGCGCGGCCAAGCGCACACGGACCUCCCGCUCCGCCGGCGCAUCCAGCAUCACGCGUACGACUCCGCGAGGCUCGUCGGUUUCCUCGCCCUGGCUGUCACCCUCGCGGCGCUCCUUGUCCUCGCGGGCGUCACGCUCACCGUCGCCUUCGUCGCGCUUGUCGUCCUCAGCCCGCUCCUGCUCCUCACCAGCCCUCUCUGGGUGCCGAUGGCCGCCGCGGUCUUCGUCUCCGGGGCCGCCUCGAUCAUCGGCUGGUGCCUCGCCGUGGGCGCGGUGGCGGCCGGCACGUGGGCGUACCGGUACUUCACGGGGCGGCAUCGUCGACCCGUGGGCGCACACCGGGUGGACUACGACGUCGGCGCGGGCACCGCGAGCGGCUGGAUGGGCUACUACGCGCGGGAGUACGGCGCGCGCCCCCGCGUCCACGUGAAGGACGCCGCUCCCGGGGCGUAGGCGGCACGCGGCUCUCCUUGCCGCGUGUGGCGUCUCGACUCUCGCGGACGUACUCUCGGUGUCGCCGUGCGUGUCUCCAUGCCAUAUGUUUUGUAGUGUCACGCCUUGAGCGCUAUAUAUAUUGCAAGUUUGCAACUAUAAUGUGGCGUGAUGUGGCUGGUUAGAUUGGCGCGGUCUCGAUCGGUUGGGGAUGAUCCUUUUGACCUGUUCGGGUCUGGUUAAUUACCAGCAUAUAUAA